AUGAACCAAAUUUAAUAAGGAGAUGUCAUUGACAAUCAAUAUGAAAUAAUUAAAAAAAUAUCAUAAGGUUCAUUUGGAAUAGUGUAUUUUGGGAGAUGUAUGAAAAGAAACAAAAAUGUUGCAAUAAAGGUGGAAAAGCAGGAAAUGGCAAGUUAUAGUAGUUUAAAUAAAGAAAUUGAAAUAUUGACGUUAUUGGAAGGAGUUUCUUAGAUUCCUGAAUUAUAUUGGUAUGGUCAAUUCAAGAAAUGCAACGUUAUGAUAACAAGAUUGCUUGGACACGAUUUAACUUAUUUUUAAAAGCUAUAUUAGAAGUUUUCAACCUAAUGUGUGUACAAUAUCGCUUUCUAAUUGCUAUGGAUUUUAGAACAAAUACACAAAAGGAAUAUAAUACAUAGAGAUCUCAAACCUGAAAAUAUAUUAAGCAAAGCCGAUAGCGACAAGAUCUUUCUCAUUGAUUUUGGAAUAUCGCGAAAUAUAAAUUAAAAAACCAAGAAAAAAAAGAAGAUAUCCUUUAUUGGUACUAGUAGAUACGCAAGUUUGGCUGCUCAUUAAGGGAUAGAUUAGACAGCAAAGGACGACUUAGAAUCUUUAGGCUACUUGUUAAUAUACUUAUUAUAAUAACGUUUGCCAUGGAUGAAUAUCGAUAAAAAUGAUACACAGAGAUUAGAAAAAAUUGGAAAAUUAAAAUAGGAAACAAAAAUUGAAGAAUUGUGUUCAGAAUGCCCAAAUUCUAUUUUAAAAUACAUGAGAUAUGUUAAAGCAUUGUCCCCCUAAUAAAGCCCAUCGUAUACUAUGCUCCGAGGCCUUUUCCUUACAACUUUACACAAUAUUUCAGAUUAAGGAUUGGAUUGGACUCUUUAGAAAAGCAAAUCUCAUAAGUAAAAAGGUCACAAAAAAUUGAAAAACACAUAAAAUCCAAAUUAUUAAAGUUGUGGUACGAUAAGAAGAGAAUUUUUAGGAGAGAAUUUGUAACCUCAAAAUGUUAAAACCUUUGGUGCUUAAGAUGAAUUAGUCGGAACAUCGGAUAAUGGGAGCAGCGCAUAAUAAUACAGUGCAAUGACCAAUUAAGGCAGUAUAAAGAGUAUUGGAGUGGGAUAUUCCUUAAGCGAUUUGCAUGAAGGACUAAGAAUAAAUCAACAAAACAUUUAAAUUGCUCAAAUUUCUACUUUUGAAGGUAUAGUCGAAAAUGACCCGAGUAUGACUUUGAAAGCUGAAUAGCAAUUAAUGGAAAGAGAGAAUCAAGAUUUAGAAAUAAAAUACAAUCUACUACAUUUCAAAUCAGUUUACUUCAACUUCAAGAAUCCAAUCUAAAAAUCAUUUUUACGAUCAAAUGAUUUCAAGAAAAGGACUUGA